AUGUGGGGUUGGUUUGGUGGCGCCGCGGCCCAAAAACGCAAGGACACGCCCAAGAAUGCGAUCCUCGGGCUGCGAGCGCAGCUUGACAUGUUGCAGAAGCGCGAGAGACAUCUCCAGACUCAGAUCGACGAGCAGGAUGCUACGGCACGCAAGAACGUGAGCACCAACAAGAACGCGGCCAAAGCGGCCUUGAGGCGCAAGAAGACACACGAGCACGCGCUCGAGCAAACCGUUGCACAGAUCGGUACACUAGAGCAGCAAAUCAACUCGAUCGAGUCCGCCAAUAUCAACAAGGAGACUCUGGCGGCCAUGAGCAACGCCAACGCGGCCAUGAAGCAGAUCUAUGGAGGUCUCACGGUGGACAAGGUUGAUGCGACGAUGGAUGAACUGCGUGAGCACAAUGCAAUGAGCGACGAGAUUGUCAACGCUAUCACCUCGAACUCAUUAGGCGAGCCGAUCGACGAGGAUGAGCUGGAGAACGAAUUGGACGAGCUACAGCAGGAGCAGCUCGACGAACAGAUGCUCAAGACGGGCACUGUCCCCGUGUCAGAUGCUGUGCAUAAGCUACCCACGCCGGCUAGGGAAGAGCCCGUGUCAAGCAAGAAGCAGGCAGUUGAAGAGGAUGACGAGGAAGCCGAACUUCGGAAGUUGCAGGCUGAAAUGGCCAUGUGA